GUUGUUGUGGUAGGCAAUUUGAUGGUGAUUUUUGCUAUGGCAUUGUAUAGACGUCGUCUUAAUACCCCCACAAACAUCUUCAUCGUUUCCCUUGCCCUAGCGGAUUUGUCUGUGGGGAUAACAACAUUACCCAUUUACGCUUUCCAUUAUUUCUCCCCAGCUGUGUUCGUGCGAUACAAAUAUCUCUGUAUCUUAAAAUAUUCAUCCAUCCUGUUCUCUAUGAGUUCCUCGAUGUAUAAUUUGACGGCAAUAGCAGUAGAUCGUUAUAUUGCUAUCCUUUACCCUCUAAGAUACACACAAUGGAUCACGUCAUCGAUAGCGAAGAGGAUCGCCAUUGGAACAUUUGUCUAUAACCUUCUGGUAAUGUGCGUACCUUAUGUUUGGCAUAACAACAAUGUUCUCUUGAGAGAGUGUGACUUUUUUAAAGGUUUGCCGAAGAUAUACACAGUUUUUGUCUCAUUCGGAACCAUAUUUAUUCUUCUCACUGUCUGUUCUAUUUUGUACGCCAGGGUUUUCCACGUCAUCAUUCGAAACCGGAAAAGAAAUAUAGAAAGACAAUCUAGACAGACCAACAUGAGAAAGAUCCAGCUUAAAAAAGAGACUAAGUCAGCAACAGUGAUGGGAUUCGUCUUGUUCCUGUUUUUCGCCUUUUGGUUUCCGUUUCUGAUCUGUGGACCCCUGAGAUACACAGACCUGAGCCCCGAGCUGGUGGAGCUGAUUAAGAGUAUAAGUGUACUCAUCGCCCAAAGCAACUCAGCAGUGAACCCCAUCAUAUACUGCUGGCUAAAACCCGACUUCGCCUGGGCCUUCAAGAACAUGAUCCAGCGAUGUUAUUUCCGAGGGCACAGGGAUAGUUCUCAAAAUAGAAUGAAAAGAAAUAGAGCUACAGGUGUGAAGAGAAAUGCUGCAACAUAUUCUUCUUCCGUUAAUACAACAAUCCGCAUCAUUAGCAGACUUCAUUCUCGUAUAACACAGGAAAAUAAAUCGAACUCCUGUCAUCGUCAAGAAAAUAUAGAAAUGCACUUAUAA